AUGUCAAAGCGUAAUAGUAUCGGAAACACUUUGUUCAAUUAUUUCACUAAAACUCCACCAAGCAACAAAAAAAUAAAAUCAAAUAAUAUUGAUUCUGAUGCUAUUCCUAACCAAAAUUUGGUAAACAGUAAUAUAGAUUUAAAAUAUGAAAAUAAUAAGCGCGAAAGGCAAACGACUCCUUCGCCAGAGGUAAAUAAAACCUAUGACGAUAGUGAUGAUGAUAGUCUUGUUGCUUCUAAGAAGAGGAAAAGGAUACGUCUUAACCCAGUGGAUUCCGACGACUCUGAUAUCGAGAAUAGAGAUGUCAAAACACAGCCUAAGGAUAAUUUACAAAAAAGGUUGCAGGACAGCUUUAAAUAUGACCCCAAUGAAUCCCCUACUAGCAGCAAAGAAAAGAAAUCUUCCAUUAAUGGACCAUCUAAAACUCAAGCAAAACCAUUAGAACAAGAGACAGCAGUAAUAGCUGAUGAUGGCGAUUGGGCUCAUUGCAAACUGGAUUGGUUAAAACCAGAAAAGAUUCGAGAUGCUAAGAAGAGAAGACCCGAUCACCCUGACUAUGACCCCACAACACUAUAUGUACCACCUGAUUAUUACAACAGUCAAACUCCAGGUCAUAAGCAGUGGUGGGAUAUGAAAUCGGCUCAUUUUGAUUGUGUUUUGUUUUUCAAAGUUGGCAAGUUCUAUGAACUCUAUCAUAUGGAUGCGGCAGUUGGCGUGAAUGAACUAGGAUUUUCUUAUAUGAAGGGUCAGUUUGCACAUUCAGGUUUCCCUGAAAGUGCAUACGGGCGUAUGGCGUCUACUUUAGUGUCAAAAGGAUAUAAAGUUGCCCGUGUUGAGCAGACUGAAACACCAGAAAUGAUGCAGGAGAGGUGUAAAAAAUACGGACAAACAAGCAAAGCGGAUAAGGUAGUGAGACGCGAAAUUUGUCAAGUGGCAGUCCGUGGUGCACAGGUGUAUGGUCUGCAAGACCCGGGGCCAGCUGAUGCUGCUGCUGUCUAUUUAAUCGCUAUUGCUGAAGAGGAAAGCAAUGGAUGCAGCACAUACGGAGUCUGCUUCGUGGACACGUCAAUAGGACAGUUCCACCUUGGACAGUUCCAUGAUGACAAACACUCCUCAAGGUUGCUGACGACCGUUGCGCAUUUCCCGCCUGCUUUAUUAGUGUUUGACCGCAAGCACACAACAUCACGUACUUCUAAGCUAUUGACGACACACUGCCAUAAUGCACGUAGGGAACCAUUAGCAAUGUGGACACCAGAAAAGACGUUAAAGAUAUUGGCCGAGAAGUACUAUAAGACCAAUGCCGAUGGCGACUGGCCUGCAGGAUUGAAAAUGUUUUUACAUGAAGGUGACGCUUUAGGUCUCACCCCAGCCGCGAACUCCUACUUAGCCAUCAAGGCAUUAGGAGGCUGUGUUGCAUUUCUAACCGAUUGCUUACUUGACAUACAAAUAUUGGAUAUGGCUCAGUUUACUUCCUACUCCCCACCUGAUGUCAUAAAUAGAACCCUAUCGCCAGAGGUGAAGGCUCAAAAUCAGUGGCGAGGUGGGAAUAUCAUGGUGCUUGACGCAAUCACUCUGCGAAAUCUGAGAAUCGUGCAAGAUGAAGGUUGCUUAUACGAUAAAUUGAAUUUCUGCUCUACUGCUAUGGGCAAAAGAUUACUAUACCAAUGGGUUUGUUCGCCGAGUUGCAGUCUUACAGCGAUAAAAGAGCGCCAGGAUGCUGUUAAGAUGUUACUGGAAAAUCAGGAGCUGUGUCAAGAUGUGAAAAACAUUUUGACGACGCUUCCGGAUCUGGAAAGGCUUUUAGCCAAGGUACACGCCUUGGGAAAUCUGAAGAGAGCACAAAAUCAUCCAGACGCGCGUGCUAUUUUCUAUGAAGAAAAAACAUAUUCAAAGCGCAAAGUUCUGGAUUUCAUCUCGGUACUGCAAGGUUUUACUGCUGUUUUGAAACUCGUCGAUUUGUUUUAUGAUGUCGAGUCACAGCUGUUGAAAAAAGUGACUCAAUUCCAGCCGAAGGGAAAAUUCCCUGAUUAUAAAGACACUUUGAAGUUUUUUAAGGAAGCAUUUAAUCAGCAAGAGGCGGAGAAAGAAGGUCGCAUACUUCCGGGGCGGGGGGUCGACCAAGAGUAUGACAGUGCGCUGCAGACAAUACAGCAGAUUGAAGACGAAUUAAAGGAAUACCUUGCCGAACAGGAGAAAUAUUUUAGAUGUCGAUUAAAAUACGUGGGUACAGACAAGAAACGGUAUCAAUUAGAAGUGCCACAGAGCAAUGCUUCUAAAGCUGGGUCUGAAUAUCACUUGGAAGGAGCACGGAAAGGAUUUAAGAGAUUUUCAACAACAGAGACUAAGGACUUUCUAUCUCGAAUGAUCGCUGCCGAAGAACAAAAAACCAAAGUGCUAAAAGACCUUAAUCGUCGUAUAUUUGAGAAGUUUUCUUCGCACUACAACCAGUGGGAGGCGGCGGUACAAUGCAUCUCUACUCUCGACAUAUUGCUGUCGUUCGCAGAGUUUGCAAGACAACAAAACGGCGAUAUAUGUUUACCGGAAAUAACUUUUGAUAAAAACAAAAAGCCAUAUAUUAAAAUCUUAGAGGGACGACAUCCAUGCAUUCCAAUAGUGAACGAUUUUAUUCCAAACGACACUGAGUUGGGUGUAGAGGGCACCAGCUUGCUGCUGCUCACCGGACCCAAUAUGGGCGGCAAGUCCACUCUCAUGCGCCAAGUUGGACUUCUCACCGUUCUGGCACAUUUGGGUAGCUACGUACCGGCGCAAGAAUGUAGCCUAAGUCUCGUGGAUCGAAUAUUCACGCGCCUCGGCGCAUCGGAUGACAUCUUGUCUGGACAGUCCACCUUCUUAGUUGAAAUGAACGAAACUGCUGCUAUUGUUAAGCACGCCACAGUGCAUUCGCUAGUCUUACUAGAUGAAUUAGGUCGCGGUACGUCCACGUACGAUGGUACAGCGAUAGCGUCAGCAGUGUGUGUAGAGUUGGCAGCACGCGAGUGCCGGGCGGUGUUCAGCACGCAUUACCACUCGCUGGUACAGUACCUGGCCGCGCAGCCUGGCGUCCAGCUCGGCCACAUGGCGUGUAUGGUUGAAACGGACGAAUCAGCAGUGGACUGCGAAGAUGAUAUACCUGAAGAAACGAUUACGUUCUUGUACAAGUUAUCUCCUGGAGCUUGUCCAAAGUCUUACGGCUUUAAUGCUGCUCGCCUGGCAGGAAUACCCCGGGACAUCACCAAGAGAGCUCAACUUAUAUCCAGGAAUUUGGAGAAAGAAGCCACAUGUGUUAGAGCAUUCAGAAGUAUAAUUAAAAUGGAGGGUAACAGUAACGACUUAAGACAUUUACUGUCUACCCUCAGUAUUUGA